AUGCAGCAGACACAAUUGCAAGGUGAUUUGAGUCAAAGAUUGACUAGUGUGUGCAGCAAUGGUAAAUUCAAAAUACAGAACUUAUACAAGAAAAUGGUGCCAGAAUACAGUAAAAUUGCGUGGAGAGGAGUAAUGCAACAUCCAAGUGUGCAUCCAAGGUUCAGGUUUAUCUUAUGGCUUGCAAUGCAAAGAAGAUUAGCAACUGUGGAAAGAUUGAUGAAGAUAGGCAUCACUGUCCCAGCUGAGUGCGUUUUCUGUAAACAAGCAAAGGAAACUUUUAACCAUUUAUACUUUGAAUGCUCGAUCACAAGCAGACUAUGGGCUAAAAUGUGUAAAUGGCUGGGGUAUACAAGGAAUAUAGGGGACUGGGAGUGUGAAUUGAUGUGGAUCAGUACAAUAGCAAAGAGCAGGAAAGGUAUUAAUGGCAUCACUUGUUGUAUUUUUGCUAUGAUGGUUGUUGUGAUAUGGAGGGAGAGAAACAGAGGCAAAUUUGAGCAGAAGAAGUAUGAUGAACAACAGAUUUGCAGGGAGAUGGUCCAACAUGUCCAUGUACGAGGGAAGAAACAAAGCAAAUGA